AUGGACAAGCGGCACCCGUCCAGCUUUCAGCAGCUGGAGAAGCUGGGAGAAGGCACUUAUGCAACGGUCUUCAAGGGCCGCAAUGGCCAGACCGGCCAAUUUGUCGCACUCAAGGAGAUCCAUCUGGACAGCGAAGAAGGCACGCCAAGUACCGCCAUCCGCGAGAUCUCUCUCAUGAAGGAAUUGAAGCACGAGAACAUAGUCAGCCUCUACGAUGUGAUCCACACCGAGAACAAGCUCAUGCUGGUGUUCGAGUACAUGGACAAGGACCUCAAGAAGUACAUGGACAGCUACCAGAACCCUUCAGGCGGCACUCGAGGCGCCCUCGACCCAGCCACUAUCAAGAGCUUCAUGUGGCAGCUCCUACGUGGUAUCGCCUUUUGUCAUGACAACCGAGUGCUGCACCGCGAUCUUAAGCCACAAAAUCUACUCAUCAACGCGCAAGGCCAGCUCAAGCUGGGAGACUUUGGCCUUGCCCGUGCUUUCGGUAUCCCGGUGAACACCUUCUCCAAUGAGGUCGUGACACUAUGGUAUCGUGCACCCGACGUCCUCCUCGGCAGUCGCACCUAUAACACUAGCAUCGACAUCUGGAGCGCCGGCUGCAUUAUGGCUGAAAUGUUCACUGGACGGCCGCUGUUCCCAGGCACCACGAAUGAGGACCAGCUGCUCAAGAUCUUCAGACUGAUGGGCACGCCUUCAGAACGAAGCUGGCCAGGAAUCAGCCAGUUUCCGGAGUACAAGCAGACAUGGCCAGUGUACGCGACUCAGGAGCUCCGGAACAUUCUGCCCCAGGUCGAUUCGCUGGGUCUGCAAUUGCUCGGUCAGCUUCUGCAGCUCCGGCCAGAGAUGAGAUGUAGUGCUCAACAAGCACUUGCGCAUCCAUGGUUUGCCGAGCUCAAUCAACGAUCAACCCAAGCUGCGCAAGGCGGCUUCACGCAGCCCAUGCCAGGUACUAUUCCACAGAGAGCAUACUAG